CUUGUGAUUUUGAAAACUCAAAUUGAUUUUGAUAAGUCAUACAACUACUAGGCACGCUGGAUUAAAGUGUUUUUUUUCUGUUGGCCGUUCGAAAAGUGCAAAGGAAAGAAAAGUGAAGUUCGUGCAAAAUACCAAAAAAAAACACGCAACAAAACUCGCAAAACAACCAAAAACGCAUCUCAAUCCCAACUUAUCCAACCUCGCCCGUAACCCGUAACCGGUACGACCGUGUAAAAUCCGCCAAAAUUCUACUCAAGGAGCGUAAAGCCAUCAUCUCCAAAAUGAAGUCCCUGACGGCCGUCUGCCAAACAGGUGCCUCCGGCAUGCCGGGCAUCAGCCCCAAUGGACGCAUUGCGCGGCACCCACCUCACCGCGGCGACGGCGAGAACGCCGAGAUGAAGAUGUAUCUCUCCAAGCUGAAGGAUCUGGUGCCAUUCAUGCCCAAGAACCGCAAGCUCUCCAAGCUGGAGAUCAUCCAGCACGUGAUCGACUAUAUCUGCGACCUCCAAACGGAGCUGGAGACGCAUCCCGAGAUGAACAACUUCGAUGCGGCGGCUGCGCUGACCGCCGCAGCAAACAUGGAAGAUGACAGCGAGGAUGAGAUGCACCACAUGGAGGACGACGAGGCCGAUUUGGAGGCCGAUGCCGAUGAUCUGCUCUCCCAGCGUCUGGCCGCCGAGCAGCAGCUGGCCAAAAUCUCUAGUCCCGCCGCCCGUCUCCCGCUCAGCGAUCGCCAGAGCCCCAACACGCUUCUGGCGCCGGGUCAGCAGCAGCAGCAGCAGAUACAACAGCAGCAGCAGCAACUCUCCAACAGUUUAGCAACGCAAGCGAACGAAGCGGAGAAAGACAGCAGGCAGUCGUAAGCAGCAGGCUGACUGAGCAGCAGCCAAAGGGAGAAGAACCUAUGGAACCUAUAAACAAUUAUUAACUAAAUGCAUAAUCAGUACCGAUAUACCGAGUGUAAUUAGCGCCACAGUGCAAGUACAGUCAACGCCACUCGCAGCAACCUUCGUGUGAAGAGAUCUCCACAUAUAACCAAGCACGCAUCUAAGAAUAACGUAAAUGUAAACUCUCCAACAGCUGUCCUGCUCCCGCUCUCCCACGCAGUGGAACAGAGAGAGUGUGAGAGAGACGGGGGAGAGAGGGGGGGCAGAGCGGCUCAGGCAUUUCACACACACAUAUAGCAGAUAGAAAGGAAGAACGUAAGGGAAGAAUAUAACCACACACCUAGCAUUAGGGCAUUAUAAUUAUAAUUAUUAAUUAAACACUAACUAUUAGCGGGACGAUGACGAGAAGAAUGGAAGAAAGAAAGAAAGAAAAAACUUGGCAAAGCUUUAAACAAUUUAAUUUUUUCCCCUCUUUAACCCUUGCUUGAAAAAUUGAUUGAACAAUUUUUUAUGUUUUCCUAAUUUUAGUUUAUUUUUUUUUUCCUUUGGCUUAAACAAUACAAAAAAGAAAAUGUUACUAAUGCAAAGCAAACACAGAGAUCAGCAAUACAACUAAAUAAUAUUAAAUCGAGAAAGCAAACCUAAAUAAAUGAAAUGCAAAUGAAUGCAUUAAAAUGGAACCAACAAAACGGGGCAUAAAAUUUAAUUAUAAUUUCAAUUAAUGAUUUUCCUAUUAAUUUUAAAACUAAAAUCAAACGAAUGAUAUAAUUCUUCCUAUUAUUGAUUAGCUUCAACAAGAAAAACAACAACAACAACCCACUCAGAACACACACACACACGAAACACACACACACACACAUUCAGAUUUCAUUAAUUUAUAUCAGAUUUAGUGUUAAUGUUGGGCGGACCAACACUAAUUUUCACUCAAACACACGCAAACCUCAUAUUUUCAAACGUUUUCCUCCUUUUUUUUUGUUUAUUGACUUAACGAAUAAUUGCAUUAUAAUAAUUACCGCAUAUAUAUAUAUAUAUAUACUAAAAUGAAAACCUAUAAAUAUAUAUAUAUAUAAAUAUAAAUAUAUGUUCUGUGAUCUGUAGCAUACUUUGUACAAAGUGUUUUUUUAGCAUAAUUAUGCGAUUUUGAAUUAUGAUUUAUGAUCCGAAAACGAAAACGAACUCAGACUCUGAUUACAUCUUUUUGUUGUUCUCAUUUUUCGGUAAGCUCUAUCAUGAUUGAAAGGCGAGAGAAAACCUUGGAUCAAACGAAUGCGAAAAAAUAUACAUAUAUCUUAAAAAAGAAUGAUUAAAAACAAAAACAAAACACAAAAAACAUCAAGAAAAACUACAAUUUUUAGCUCUUAAUAAAUUGCAAAAUGGAAAAAA